GGGGGCUAAAGCUAUCCGUUAGUUAUUAGUCAACACCAACUGAAUCGAUUCUAGCAAAAUGUAUAUUGCAAGAAAAUAAUCCGAUCAGCUAUUAUCAAAAUCAAAUCAUGGCAGAACGCAAGAAAAUCAUCAUAGACACCGAUCCUGGCAUUGAUGACGCGAUGGCGAUUUUUUUGGCGCUAAAAUCACCGGAAGUGGAAGUGAUUGGGCUCACUACUAUCUUUGGCAACGUCUACACCACUCUCGCCACCAGAAAUGCUUUGCAUCUGAAAGGUACAAAACUUCGAAUUGCUGAUUUUGUCCAUGGUAACGAUGGAUUGGGAAACCAAAACUUUCCUCCGCCUAAAAGACAGCCAAUUGAACUGUCUGCUGCAGAUUUUCUUAUCCAGCAAGCUAAUCUUUAUCCUGGAAAGGUCACUGUGGUGGCCUUGGGUCCUCUAACAAAUAUUGCACUGGCUAUACAGUCAGAUCCUUCCUUUGUCAAAAACAUUGGGCAAAUUGUUCUUCUAGGUGGUGCAUUUGUAGUAAAUGGGAAUGUGAAUCCUGCAGCUGAAGCGAAUAUUUUUGGAGAUCCAGAGGCUGCAGAUAUUGUAUUCACAAGUGGAGCUGAUGUUUUGGCAGUUGGGAUAAAUGUUACCCAUCAAGUUGUUUUAACUGAUGCGGAUAGAGAAAAGCUGGCAGAAUCAAAUGGAAAGUUUGCUCAAUAUCUAAACAAAAUUUUAGACGUGUAUUUUUCCUAUCAUCAUGAUGCAUACAGUACAAAAGGUGUUUACCUUCACGACCCCACAGCCCUUCUUGCUGCUGUUAAACCUUCGCUGAUCACCUGUACAGAAGGUGCUGUCCGAGUCCAGACUACUGGCAUCACUAGGGGUCUAACAUUGUUCUAUAACAAAAAGAAAAGCUUCCCCUGUGUUCAAGUUCCCUUCUGUCAUUGGUGUAGUAGACUCAGAUGGUGGGACACGUUCAGGAGAAGAGGGACUGAGGUCAAUGAACCAAUCUUCAUGCAAGGUCUCCCCCUAAAGAGGGGUGUUGGUAAAGUAUGGAGUAUUUUCGAAAAAGGUAAUGUCAAGAUUUACAAAGAUUUUUUUCGUGGUCAUAGCAUUUGUAGCCCUUUUGUGUAAGAGAAUAUCCAAUCAAAACACAUUGAAUAGCUCGGGGAUCCAGUUUACUUUGGUGAUGAGAGUGAAUAUGAACGAAUGUAGUACAGCCAAACACUCUUAGGGAUAGAUUAGAGCUGAAUCGGGAAGUAUUUCUUAAAUUUUUGGAUUGGUGUCUCGAAGUUUAGGACACGAUUGGGCAUUCGAUUGAUAAAAUAGGUGGAUGUGAGGAUAGCAUCCCUCACAACAUCUUAGGCAUAUUCAUAGUAAACAUUAAAGCACGAGCAACCUCUAGGAGAUGCCUAUUUUUGCGUUCUGCUUCCCAUUUUGUUGAGGAGUGUCAACAUAAAAACUUUGAUGAAUUAUUCUAUGUUUUUGAAGGAAGUCACCCAUGAUGAUAUUGAAGUAUUUUGUGUCAUUAUCAGUGUGUAAGAUUUGAAUUUAUGUUUGAAAUUGUGUUUGGAUCAUGGAAUGAAAGUUGAUAAACAUGGGACGGAAUCGAAUUUAUCUUUGAGUAGGUAGAUCCAACUAAAUUGAGUGUAAUCAUCAAUAAAAGUGGCAAACCAUUUUGUGUGGGUACAAAUUGAGAUU